AUGAUUUUUGAUUCAGUUUUCUGUGCAGUAUCUGUCAUGAAGAACCCCAAUCACUUUAAAGAAUUCAGCCACCCUGGUGAUGAGGACUACAAUCAAUCUGCACAGGAUGUUAAUGUGAGUGACAGUGAUGAUGACAGACCAGAGUGUCCCUAUGGGACAGCUUGUUAUCGAAAGAACCCUCAACAUAAAAUAGAGUACAAGCAUACAGAAAACCCAGUUCCAGAGGCUAAGAGGAAGAGACCAAAACAGAGAGCAGCUAAUAAAGGCAAAAGUGUUCUGGACGGUGACAGUGAUGAUGAUGGGGAGCCAAAUGACUAUGACCUGAAUGAUAGUUUCAUAGAUGAUGAGAUUUCUGAAGAAGAAGAAGAAGAAUUUGAUCAGAGUGAUGAAGAUUCUGAUUGGGAGCCAGAGUCAGAAGAAGUUGAUGUUUUAGUAAAGGAAGCAACACAAUUUGUUAAGAGUAAACGCUAAGGAAGAUUGCAAAACAUUUGCUGAUUACUUUAUCACUUUAAGUACCGCUGCAAUCUGUGUGCUGUUUUUAAUGCACAUUAAACCACUCAUGCUCUUUGAAUUCAUUGUAUUAAAUUUUAAUUCCUUAUGUAAAUAACUUUAGAAAAUGAAACCUGUAUUGUCUUAUGCUUCUAAUGUACAAUAUUUUAACUGACCAGAUUUGAAUAUAUUUUCUACUGUAUAUAUAUGGUUUUAGUGUUAAAAUUAUGAAUUAUUUAAAUCAUGGUUAAGUCAGAGAAUAUGUUUAUUUUGUGUAUAGAGCUUUUAUACUUCUCUUCUGUAGCUGUCUGGAUUUAAGCUGCAUAAUCUUUGUGUCCAAGAUUGCCUCUGUUCAGUGCAAUUCAGUCUGUUUUCAGAGGUAAUAAGCCCAUACUAGAACUAUAUAACAUGUUUGUUGAAGGUAAUUUGGGAUACAUUUUGAAUGGUGUAUUCCUAAACACUACAAAGUAAUGUAUUCAUUAUGAAGAAGAAUUAAAGCCUGGAAUUUUAAAGGUGUUUGCAGUGUUCACAUUUUGUAAUGUCUAGCUGUCAGUGUCCAAAAUGCAAUAAAAAUGAAUAUUUUCUUCACUGAAGUCUGUAUACAUUCAAAAAUAAAGAUAUGCAGAACUUUAGCUUCCAUUUUUAUUUGAAACAAAAUUAUUAUCAGCUGUUUAUAAUCUUUUAUCCUUUGUCUUUAUUUCAGUUUGUUAACCAGGUAGUUGAGUUGGUCAUCCGAUCCUUUUCCGUCAUGUCCCUCCCCUAAAGGCAAUGAAAGUUGCACAGAAAAAUUUGUUACAGUGAGAAAGUAUAUAUAAUUGUACACUACAAUUGAAAAAGUAAAAUAAAGUAUGUUUUUUUCAUUUGUCUACUUA